AUGCAGCGUGUGCAGAGAAUCACGGGCCGCUUCCUUACGAGGACGCCCAACGAGGCUGAUGUCGAGGCCAUGUUGAAGGACUUCAAUGAUUCCAAGGCAAUGCUGGAAAAGGUGGAAGCUUGCGCGAAGCAAUGGCGUGAUGCAUGGACAAACAUUCUCAACCACCAACUCGCCACGGUGGAGAACAUGUACACCAUUUUCAAACCUCUUGGUGGUGAAGGGACGACCGCACAUGUUGCAGCCGAAACACCACAGUCCACGCUGGAAAGGGUUCACGGACUGCACGAUGCCUUUGCAGAGCUGAAGACGGACAUGAUGGAAGAAGUCAAGGACAUCGAUAGGAAGCUGGUUAUACCCGCAAAGCUCGCCAGAGAUGCGCUCAAGCCCAUGGAGAAGGCCAUCAAGAAGCGCGAGGAUGCCAAGGUCGACUACGAACGCUACAAGAGCCGCUGUGAAGCGUUACAGAAGAAGGGCACCCGCUCUGAGCGUGAAAAUCAUGCCCUGGCCAAGCAUGAAGCCGACCUCGAGCGCUCCACAGCUGCCUACCAGCUCAGCGACGAGAACCUUCGCCAUCGUCUACCUCGUCUCAACGCAGCCACUUUCUCCAUCCUACCCCACCUUCUCACAAACCAGAUCGUAUUACAGAACAAUCUGAUUGGGAACUUGUACACUGUACUGCAUCAAUACUCGCACGGACAGGGAUACCCAGAUCCACCACCCGAACCUGAAGAGGUCAUCCCGGUCUGGGACUCGGCUUUUACCCCCUUGCGCAAGGAGAUGGAGGCAGAGCUGGGACUCCUGAGGACAGGCAAAGCGGUACACUUGCCAAUGAGAUUACCAGACAAGGGCGACACUUUGACCGGGUUGGGCAUCAGGAAUAAAGUCUUGCCCGGCCGUCGGGUCAGCAGCAGCGACGGCGUUCAGACGCUAACACAACGUCCCGCGCGGCCUACAACAACUCUCACAUCGCCAGCAGAGGAUGGUGCACCACCCGUCAGUUUGUCCAAUAAGCCUUCUUACAGCUCUCUGAGCGCUUCCCAGCCGAGGAUACCGUCCAGUUCGCCGCACCUGACACCAGGUUCAGACAGUUAUGGCCGACGUGCCUCGUCAACAUCGCAAGCAUCUUCCUACUCGAACGGUACAAACGGUAAUGACUACUUCAACAAUGUCAUAUCAAAAAUAUCAUCAAACAACUCCACAGCAUCAACACCGGGCCACUCCCCAAAUCCAGCUGCAGGCAAGAAAAAGCCGCCGCCACCACCCCCGAAGAAAAUCGGCUCUUUUCAAUCUGACUAUGUCAUAGCCAUGUACGACUUUGACAGCCACACGGCCGGCGAUCUAUCAUUCCGGGAGGGUGACCGUAUCCGCGUGCUCAAGAAGACGGAAAGCUCGCAAGAUUGGUGGGAAGGAGAGGUUCAUGGGAUGAAGGGUAGCUUUCCAGCAAACUAUUGCAAGUGA